GGAGGCGGGGCUGGAGCGCGGCGGCAGGGGCGGCGGCGGCUGCCCGUGCCCCUCCCCCGCGCGGCGCUCAGUGCCAGGCGGGAGGCGGCAGCGGUUGGAGGCUUCGCCGGGCUUUGCAGCUGGGACUUCGGCGGCGGUGGCGGCGGCGCCUGAGGCACCUCGGCCCUGACACGAUGAGGCGGGUGGUACGACAGAGCAAGUUUCGGCACGUGUUUGGACAAGCGGUGAAAAAUGACCAGUGCUAUGAUGACAUCCGGGUGUCUCGAGUGACCUGGGAUAGUUCCUUUUGUGCUGUCAAUCCCAGAUUUGUUGCCAUAAUCGUAGAAGCAAGUGGGGGAGGAGCCUUCCUUGUGCUCCCUUUGCACAAGACUGGUCGAAUUGACAAAUCCUACCCUACAGUAUGUGGCCACACAGGACCAGUGCUGGAUAUAGACUGGUGCCCACAUAACGAUCAGGUCAUUGCCAGCGGGUCAGAGGACUGCACGGUUAUGGUGUGGCAGAUCCCUGAGAACGGACUCACCCUGUCCCUGACCGAACCUGUGGUGGUUUUAGAAGGUCACUCCAAGAGAGUUGGCAUCGUGGCCUGGCAUCCGACGGCCCGCAACGUGCUUCUUAGUGCAGGCUGUGAUAACGCCAUCAUCGUCUGGAACGUGGGGACGGGGGAAGCCCUCAUAAACCUGGACGAGAUGCACUCGGAUGUGAUUUACAACGUGAGCUGGAACAGGAACGGCAGCCUCAUCUGCACAGCCUCCAAAGACAAGAGAGUCAGAGUGAUCGAUCCCAGGAAGCAGGAGAUCGUUGCUGAGAAGGAGAAAGCGCACGAAGGUGCAAGGCCCAUGAGGGCCAUCUUCCUGGCCGACGGCAACGUCUUCACCACCGGCUUCAGCCGCAUGAGUGAACGGCAGCUGGCGCUCUGGAAUCCGAAAAACAUGCAGGAACCAAUCGCUCUUCAUGAAAUGGAUACUAGCAAUGGGGUGUUGCUGCCUUUCUACGAUCCUGACACCAGUAUCAUUUACUUAUGUGGAAAGGGCGACAGCAGUAUUCGCUAUUUUGAGAUCACGGAUGAAUCCCCGUAUGUCCACUACCUCAACACUUUCAGCAGCAAGGAGCCUCAGAGAGGCAUGGGGUACAUGCCCAAGAGGGGACUUGACGUUAACAAAUGCGAGAUCGCCAGAUUCUUCAAGCUCCAUGAGAGAAAGUGUGAGCCCAUUAUCAUGACUGUCCCCAGGAAGUCCGACCUGUUCCAGGACGACCUGUAUCCCGACACGGCAGGACCGGAAGCCGCACUGGAGGCCGAAGAGUGGUUUGAGGGGAAGGACGCAGACCCCAUCCUCAUCUCCUUGAAGCACGGAUAUAUUCCAGGCAAAAACAGGGACCUCAAGGUCGUCAAGAAGAACAUUCUGGACAGCAAGCCCAGUGCGAACAAGAAGUGCGACCUAAUCAACACCCCCAAGAAGACCGCGGACCCUGCCAGUGUGCAAAAUGAAGCCAAGUUGGAUGAGAUUUUAAAAGAGAUCAAAUCUAUAAAAGACACAAUCUGCAGUCAAGAUGAGCGCAUUUCCAAGCUAGAACAGCAGAUGGCAAAGAUCGCCGCCUGAAGGUCCCACCCCCGCCCCUCCAGAAUCGGGAGCAAGAACCUGUGCUUGGGAGCUGGUUGUUGGUGUGGUCCCAGGGAGGGCUGCCCUGCCGCUGGAGACCUUCCAGCCAGACCUGUCAGCCAGCUUAGGCCGCAUUCCACUCAAUUUGUCUCCCAAAUUGCAAAAACAAAAGCUGAGCUUUUUAUCAGAAAGCCUUUUUGAUGUUUUAAGUGUUCCGUGACUUGUUGAACUUUUAAAAGACAAAAGUGCUACUUUUAAAAUCCCAGAUAUUCCGAAUUUUACAAAACAAACCAAUUCCGAUUCAAUGUCGUGCCCAAGUACCUUUUUUUUUUUUAUUUUUAUGAAUAGGGACCAAUGCCACAUUGCUUUUUAUAGUUCUUUCUUUUUUAAUGUUGCCAAAACCAAAAGUAGCUUUUUCUCUUUGUAUUUUGCUACUUUGCAGUAUUUGUGUGUGGUUUUCUUUUUCUCCUUCAUUUGAAAGGGACAGCACUGUGUAUGUUUAUAAACUAAAUGAAGAUAUUAUUUUGUAUAAACAUUCAUCGAGAACAAUCAAGAGUAGUAGCCACUUGGUGCUGGCUCCUUUACAGCACAAACCCGGUCAUCUAAUGACUGUACAAAAGGAAGACUUGAAAAACCACGUGGGUUCGUGCACCACCCCUCUCGCUUCACUGAGUCUUCUGAUCAAAAAAGCUCACACCGGAUCUCUUCCUUCCUUUCCUUUCUCUUCUCUAAAAACCGGGUGGUCGUCCCGGAUGGAAUUUUGCUUCUUGGUUAUCCUGUGCUUCAGACGAUUAUAAUCUAACCCAAACUAGCACGUGUUUCUGCAGUUUUGUUCCACGCGUAGGGUCUGUGCGUUCGUCACUUUGAACGCGGUGUUUCAGGUCUUGGUCGAUACUUGAGAAGGGUGUCUGGGACGAGCAGGCACGCUGUCUGCUGGCGCGUUCUUGCCGUCUCGGCGGCCGGCCUCGUGCGCGAGUGCCGUGGUGGGGACUUGGAAGGGAGCUUCUGCCCCUGAAGAUCCCGUUGCCCCGCGUGGCCCCUGCUGUCCCCAAGUGUGCGGGGGAAGCAGCGACUCUCCUUGUAGCAGCCAAGCGCCUGCCUCCCCUCUUCCUCCUGUGUGCUGCGACCUCUCUCAGGGCUCCCCCCGCCAUUCCUCCUGUCCUUCUUGCCUUGCAGUCCUAGUCACACGCAGCUGAGUGGAGGCCAGAGGGCGCUGCCGAUCGUGGAGACGAAGGGGAGUGGGCCAGAAGCGAGCACACAGGUGCGCAGAGCCUGCCGGCACUUUAGUACAUGCAGGCCAGCCCUCGGCGCCCUGGGACCGCCUGCUCUGCCUCUCCGGCCUGCACCAAGGCCGCCAAGCACAGGCUCCCCGGUUCUGGAGGGGGCAGACACCGAGCUCUGGUCCCCUGCUCCUUCCUAGGCUUGCUUAGAACUCCACCCGGCUCCCCUUCCUCAGAUUGCCUGCUCAAGGGCCAAGGUGUCCGGCGCCUCUCUUGGAAGGGCGGAGAGCCUGCGAUUGAACGUGGGACAAAUGGUGCCCCUGGGGCCACGAGGGGAGUCCUCUGCCCAGGCCUGUGCUGGCGUGGCUGGCUGGAUGUGUCUGCCGACGGGCACAGGCACAGGGACCAGGUGUGGUGACAGCGCCUUGCUGUGCGCAGCCCGGCUCGGGGUAGUGUCCACCAGGAGAAGGCGCCAUGGCCAGCCAGCGGUGCUGGGGUGGCUGAGUGUACAGUUUGAGGGCAUCUGAGUGUCUGCUGUGGCUUGUGUGUGUCUCUAACACUGAAGUGGAUAGUGAGCAUUAGAGUGACUUUCAGUCAGGCCUGUGCGUGUCUCUGUCCGUGGGACCUGCUGAGGACCUUUGUUUCCAAACUCGGAAACGUGUGAAGGUUCUGACGUCCAAUUCGCUAAGCAAUCACGGUUGUGAUUGUCGCUGACGGUGGUGACGGUGGUGAAACACCGGGGCGGGGGGGGAAGGAAGGCACGGGGAGUCGGUCCUGACCAAGUGCUGUGCAUUGCUUUUCCUGUUCUGUGUUGCGUUUUGUUUUGUUUUCUUGUUUUAAAGUGAUGACAUCCUGAGGAGGACAGUGAAUUACUCCUGAUCGGCUCUUAUAGAGCGGCCAUAGCUUUCUGUCAGAACACUUGCUUCCAUGUUUCCAAGAUAAAGACCGUUGAUUACAA